GUUGCGCAAAGUCUGACAUUAACAUUACAUGUCAAAACAAUCAACAUCAAAAGUUUGCAAUUAAUUUUCACAUCAAACCAGCCAACAUUACAAUAGAAAUCAACAAAUAUCCCAACAACGAACUUGUAUCUCAAAUAAAAACACUUUGUUCAAAUCCUGAUGAAUGUAAAUUGGUUCAAGUCAAGGUAUCUCUGAAGAAAGCUGAGGAAAAAUACAGAGUCACUGUGUUUGCAAACAACCAGAUAUCUAAUGGUAGCGCUAUAUCUCAAGUGUUUGAAACCGUUCCUCAAAUAUAUGACGUAUACAUGACGUCAGAUGGACCUUUAUAUGCCAAUGUUCCAACCAAUCUUAUGAUUUACGUCAGAGGGGACAUUGGUGGAUUUGAGAUGACGUUGGAGUUUGAGGAACAUUCUAAACAUGUUCCGUUUACAAUUGAUUCGAUCAAACAUGUUCAUUCAGAUGAAGCAAGUCUACCGUUUGAUUCAACGUUUUACAAACUAAUAAAAGAGAGAAUUAUCUUUACGUCUACUGGAGAUCAACUGAUUAAUGCAAAUAUCAGGAAUUCAAAACAAAUUUUUAAUUUUAGUUCAAACUUUAUUGUACAAAGGCAACCAACAUGUUUGGAAAGCGUGAAAAUCCGUGAUGGGAAUUCAAACAGAGCGAUUGGUGAACCGUUAAAACUUGCGAGAGAGUUGAUUUUAAGCGCUGACGUCACUUUAUCGUGUGUUAAAGAUUCCAACAUUAAGUUUAAAUGGAAAUCUUUUAAAGUCGAUUCAAGUUCACAGUUACCUCGACCUGAAAACGAAGUGAAAUUAAAAGGAAAUAUUUACAACAAUGAAAUUGUGAUUCGAAGCAACAAUUUGCUUCCAGGAUUGUACGUCAUAAUGCUUGAGGUAUCGACUAAUGACGUCACAGAUAAGGAUGUGACAUCAAAGGCGAGAGAUUUCAGUUUGAUCAAGGUUCCCACGAGAAAGCUGGAGGUUCUUAUCAAAGGAGGCAACAAGCGACAACUUGGAAAUGAAACUUCCAUUAAAUUUGAAGCAUCCGUAACAACUGAAGUUGAUUUCGCGAUUCGAUUUCACCAUAAUUGGUAUUGUGCCGUCACAUUAGAUGAUUUACCACGUGACGUAGAAGUUGGUAAAGUGAAACGAAAAGGUUCAUGUUUCAACCGACAACCACUGUGGAUUGGUGAUGAUACAUUUGUUCAAGUCUCAAAUUUUAAACCAAACUCAUUUUACUUCAUUCGAUUAAUCGUUACCGGUGAAGGGUAUUCCCCCGCUUAUGCUGAUCAAGAAAUAUUUAUUCUUCCUCAAGCCCCAACUUUAACAUUGAAAUGUUGGACAAAUUGUGGGAAAUUUGUUUCUCCCAACAUUCCACUGAUCCUCCAAUCAGAAUGCAGUGAUUGUGUACGUCACACUUGGUUUCUUAAUUCAAAUAUAUUGGACAGUUGUAACAACAAAGAUAUUUGUAAAUUUACUCCACAACAGUUCCAAACGUCAACGAUUUUAAACAACAUUACAGUUAUUGGCUUCGAUGUUCACAAAACAAAGUCUUCUGCGGGUCUACUUUUUAGCGUUACAUCGCCACCUAGUGACGGCCAUUGCUCAGCUUUACCACAGCUCGGCAAGUCUUACGUCACAAAGUUUACGGUGAAGUGUCAAAACUUCGCCGACGUCCAUCCACCACUGAUGUACAAGUUUUACAUGAAACAAUCGGACAAGGAAUUAUCGCUCCUACAAUACGGUUACGAUGCUUCAGUUCAUAACAUCACCAUGAGCAGAACGUUCGGGGUUGCUUUCACAGUGGAUAUUUGCAACAGCUUGGGCGCGUGUCGACGAGAUGACGUUGCCGUUGAUGUCAUACCUACAUCACGAAAUCCUCCAAUUUCUGACGCAAUAAAAGAGAUUGAUGAAAGUAUGAAAGCCAACAACAUCCAGAGAUUGUUACAACUUGUGGCACCUUUGUCAGGAACAACAGCAUUGAGUUCUAACAAGAGAAACAAAAUACUCAAGCACGUGACUUCCACGAAAGUAACUUCUGUUAAAUCAGCGAAACAAAUUAUUGACGUCAUGAAUUACGUCACUAGUGAACCGGACUUGACAGGCGUUGAAAAUAAGGAAAGUUCUUGGGAAAAACUUUCUGAUGUUCAAAAUUUUAUGGAGUCAAGGUUGAAUGACGCAACAAAGACCGAACUCAACUCCAUAAUGACGUCAUGUGUGUCGGUUGCUUCAAAUUUAAUGCUAGCUUCUCACAGCAGCAUAAACAGGAUAGAAGAAACAAAUAAAAUAAAAAACUUUGGAAGACUUUUGAUGACGCAGGUUAUUCCCGGGGAAUCCCCCAUCACGUAUAAAACACCCGGAACUGAAAUAAUGUUGAUGAGAAUGAAAGGAAACACGACAGAAAAUGAUCAAUCUGUAACAUUCCAAAUUCCUGGUAUGACGUCAAUCUUCGGUAAUGACGUCAUCAAUAUGGAGUUAUACAACUACGACGCACGAAAGAUAAACUUCAACACAUCCACUCAAAGUGUUGACUUUGUCACUGCUGUGUCCUUGACAACUGGUUGGGAGAAACAAAAUCCGAUUUCUUCCAAAAAAGCCCGAAAUCUUCAAAGUCGAUUUAUUGUUCCAAAACAAUCAACAUCAACAAAUCUGCAAUUAAUCAUUGCGAGCGAUUGUGACGUAACAAUAUGCAACAGUCAAGCAACAACUAGCACAGCAUUUGAAGUAGGAAUCGACAACAAAGAAAACUUAAGUAAAUAUUUUCUUCGAAUCUUGCUUGAAAAUUCCACUCACGAAGUCAAGGAAUGGAAGAUAACGUUACAACUUUCUGACUCAAUGAACCACCAGUUUAACUUGACGAAGACAUUCACCAAUAAAAAGUCAGGAUUUGAUUGGUUGAUCCCAUUUACGAAUCUACCACAUGGUGGCAGCAAAUACAACCUGACCAUCCAUGCUUACCUUGGUUCGAAAUAUUUUCGUCAAGGAAGCGUCAUGAAAACAUCAUUGGUGACGCAUUCUGUUAACUGCAUGUAUUGGGAUGACGUCAUAUUUGAUUGGAACAACAAAGGAUGUCAGCCAAAAGUGAAUUCAAAACAAUCAGAGUUGAUGUGUGAGUGCAAUCAUUUCCCAGUUCCUCCUGAGAGCAGUGGGAGAAUGAAAGAGAAUAACAAAAGAGAUGUUCCCACUCUUUUCGCAUCCAGUUUGAUUGUGUAUCCAAACAAGAUUGAUUACAGCAAGCUGUCUUGGAAUUUGUGGGCAGAAUUUCUAAAAAAUCCGGUUAUAUUUGUUUGUCUGUUUAUUCUUUACACGUCUUAUGGUAUCUUGGUGGUUCUGGCAAGAAAGAAAGAUAUCGAAUAUGAAGACAAACAACAAUAUAUUGACGUGGUGGAUAACUCACCCUUGGAUAAAUAUCGUUAUUACGUCACAAUAUACACCGGAAACCGUCGGACUGCUGGAACAUCUGCCGUUGUUUGUAUCAAACUGAUUGGAUCGAAGAAAUCUAGCAAAGUUCAUAUUCUGCAGAACUUGGAAGAAAGAUUUUUAACAAGAGGGAGCAUUAAUUCAUAUCUGAUUACGUCAUUCAGUUGCCUUGGAAAUCUAGUUGCUGUUCGGUUAUGGCAUGACAACAGUGGGCGUAGCCCUGAAUGGUUUUUACAAAGAAUGGUUGUAAGAGAUUUAGAAACAAAUGAAUGCACUUUCUUUAUUUGCAAUACGUGGUUUGAUGACGUCAUUGACCAUAUAUUUCCAGCAGCUCGUACUAGAGAGCUCCACACGUUUGAAAGUUUAUUUCACAUCAAAUGUGAAAAUUAUUUGAAAGACGAACACUUGUGGUAUUCAAUACUUGCGAUGCGACCUUGGCAACAAAGCGAGAUGUCCAGGGUGGAAAGACUCUCUGCUUGUUAUCUUCUUAUUUUUAUGAUCAUGUUGACGUCACUCAUGUUUUAUGGACGCGAGGUUUCUCAACCUGGUUUCCAAAUACACUUGGGUUACUACUCGUUCAAGUGGUCGCAGAUAGCAGUUGGUGUUGAAAGUGGAUUGCUAUGUUUUCCAAUGACGUACAUCAUCACAACUCUUUUUCGAUUAUCUCAACCAAGAUUGAAAAACAGAAGAGAUGACUUGGUUUCUCUUGAAAGAGGAGAGUUGAAACGUUCUUAUGAAAGUAACGACCAUUAUGAGACGGAGAUUUCUGAUUCUGAUGACGUCACCAAUUCGUCACUGAGCGAAAAGAUUAAAAAUAAAUCUAAAAUAAAUCUAAAAUAUCAAAAGUCAUCUGUAGGUGGUUUUAGCAAAAAGAAGGGUUCAUCUCUCGGUUUAGGGGAUUUCCACAAAAACAAAAAAAGAAAAAGAAGCAAAAGCGAAUUGACGAAAAACGUACUAAAAGUACUGAAGAAUGAUUUGACCGACAUAAAAACAGAAAAAGAAUUGAAAGAUGAUGUUGAAACAACUAAUAAGCAAAUCAACACUUCUAAAAAUAUAAUUCCCGACGAUACCUCAAGUUCAUUUAAGAGUUGCCGUUCCGCAUUUGGGGGUAAAACUAAACGCGACCCUGAUCAUCGUCAUCAGAGGAAACAUCUUGAUCAUCAACAAUCGUAUGCGGGAAAAAGUAAAAAAAGAAACUUGAACUCGCCGACUUCAUUAAAAUCAGUCAAAUUCAGUCUUGAAUCAAAUAUUGAACCUCUCGAUUAUUCACGUCACAAUUACAAUACGUCAUGGCAACCAGCAGGAAAGUUUGGUGCGAUUCACGAUUUGACAGAAAUGGGCAAAGUUUUCAACCGAGAACAUCCGAAUCUAAACAUAGAUCAACCUGUACAUAACUUGUCUAAGCCAAAGAGAGACAGAACCAGGUUAAAAGAAAUAGCUAAGAAUUCCAAACAUGAUGCUUUACGUUCAAGUGAAUUAAAUAACACUGAACGCGUGGAUCCAAUCAGAAACAUGCCUCCUGAACCUCAUCAUUCAAACCAACCAAUCAGAUCAAAGAACUCGAAACCCUCUCAAAUCAUUGAUGAUGCCAUUGAAACAAAAACAAAGAAACUUCAAAGGUCGAAGAAAUCAAAACUUCCUUCUGAGAAACCAAUUUUGAAAGAAAGGUCGAAAAGACCUCAACCAAGAGCGAGGAAAAAUAAAGUUCAUGAAAAUACUUCUUCUCCCAUUCCUUCAGCUGGGUUGAACAGGCGUGAGUUAUACAGCAUUGACCAGAAGGUUAUUGGUUCAAAUCCUCGUUCGUUGACUAUGGUUGACGUGGAUCCUUUUUCUGUUGAUUUCCGACCUUUACCUUCCUUCUUUGUGUGGAUUGCUUGGUUCUUUAUUUUCUCCACAAUCCUCGCUUCAAGUUCGUUGUGUGUAAUGUAUGGGAUGACGUACGGAGUUGAGAUCAGCAAGGAAUGGUUGAUGUCUUUAUUAAGUGGAUUUAUUCAGAGCAUUAUAUUAAUCGAACCCUUCAAAGCAAUCUUCCUCGCCUCCUUUCAAGUCAUCAACAAUCCUAAACAUGAUUUGAAAGAUUGGCUUGCACCUGUAGCUGACAAUGUUCAACCACGAGAUGCUCCUGAUCCACAAAUGGUGGAAGAUUUAUUAAAAGAAGAAAGAUCAAAGAAUCCGGUUUACAAACCUCCGACUCUUGAUCGGAUGUUGGAAGGACAGGAGAAGAGAGCUUCGGAAAGAACAAUCAGAAGAAGAUUGAAAAAUAUAUCAGUUCAUUUGCUCUACCUCACUUUUCUACUGAUUGUGUCGUUUGGACAACGAGAAGAGAAUUCAUUCAAUUUCGGACAAGCGUUAAACAGAAUGUUUGUGAAUGAAGCGAAAAACAUCAAAUCAAGCACGGACGUUUAUAAAUGGAUCGAUCGCUCAGUGGUUGGAACACUUUUAAAUGAUCACAUGACGCAUUUCACUGACGGUCAGCUGAUAUUUGUAUCCGGUCCAUUGUUACGUCAGAAACGUGUCGUCGCUGGAACGACGUGUGCUCACAGUGAUGCCGUAAAGAAAGCAAAACUAUCUGGAAACACUGCUUGUAGUUUAGGAUAUGAUUCACCGUUUGAAGAUCAACGAAACUACGGUCCUGGAUGGUCGACCGAAAAUCCUUAUUUUUCCAACAGUGGCCACAAAAAUAAUGCAUGGAGAUAUAAACCCAAACCAUGGACAUGGAUCAGCGAUUAUAAUGGUGAACAUGGAACGUAUGACAAUGGUGGUUAUUACGUCACAGUGACGGAUCGCGAUGUUGCGCAAUAUCUUCGAUUGUCGAAUUGGAUCGAUAAACAUACAAGGGCCAUAAUUUUCGAAUCAAUAUUCUACAAUGUUCCUCAUCGUAUUUAUUGCGUCACAAUUAUUGUCAUGGAAAUCCCAAACUUCUCUGGUGACGUACACGUGACGUCGCGACUUCAUUUUAUGAGAACACACCACGUCGAGUACGCAUCGGAUGUGAUUGUGUACGUGUCCCUCAUUUGCAUAUUAAUCAUGGUUUUCUAUCACUUGGUGGAGAUAUCGAGCAGCAUGAGAGAAAUUGGUUUCAGAUUUCUAUGGAACUUGUGGAACUUAUUUCACGUCUUUGUCCUUUUGUUAUCGACAGCUGCAGUCGGUGUUUAUUUAACUAGGGUAACAUACACUGACAUGGCGCUUAAAGCUUAUGUGGACAAGAUGCCCUCAUUUGAACUCUUCCACGAAGCUGCAUACUUUGAUUAUGUCACAAGGUGUCUAUUAUCAUCGUGUGUUUUCCUCACAAUGUUUUACACUGUGAAGAUAAUGCAAGGUCAUCCAACCUUUGAACUCAUGUACGCCACCAUGCGACAGUCGAGCGGUGACUUGAAGGGGCAUUCCGUUCUCAUGUUUUUCUUAUUUUGCGGCUUUUGUCAUGUCGGUUUGAUGUGGUUUGGUGACAUCAAAGACUUCAGUACGUUAGUACGAACCAUGCAAUCGGUACUUGGUUUUUCGAUGGAAGCCUUCACAUCAAGUGACCUACUGAUUCAUCAUCCUUUACUGGGAAGUCUCUUCCUCUUUGUAUUUGUCGUCCUCUUUACCAAAGUCUUCGUCAACUUUUACGCCGUCAUUCUCGAGAAUUCUUUCCGCGAGUGUAAACUACUGAUGCGUGACAACAUUACUGAUGAUCACGUGCUUUCUUUCGGAAGAAAACAACUGAGAUCAAUGUUUGCAAUAAAAGAACAAAAGUUGAAGGAAUUGAGUAACCCACAAGAAAGAAAGGAAUACAUUGAUUUAUUGGAUAAGCAGACUGCUCAAAAUAAGCGUCAAAAUAAAAAAUAAAACAACAAUUUCACUCGAUUGCUAAAUGCAAAACCUGUUCUGUAUGGGAAGCAUUGCAUCACACGCGUAAAUGUUAAUUAAGAAGCUAAUAAUUCUUCUUUUUAGCUUAGUAAAGCAGCUUUAAUUAAUUUUCACGUACAUACCUAUUUAUAUGAUUCAGUUCCUGUGUUUGGUAACAAAGCUUCGGUUCGCAGUGUAUUGUUUUCAGCUUCUUUAUCAAACAUUAAUAAAGCAGCUUUAAUU